AUGAGUGAAGAAAAUGCAGAGGAAGUAAAUGAUUCUGUUUCAAGCCCACAGAAUGAAAACAAUCCACACAAGAAGAAAUGGCGUAAAAAAAGAAAGAAUUUCUUGUCAAAUGCUAAAAAAUAUGCUAAAAAGGGUCAAAUGGGUCGUGGAACCAAAAUGCCUGAAGAAUUGUAUCAAUACUUCGUUGGUAUAUUAGAAGCUAUUAAACAGGGAAUAGAUGACGAAGAACAAAAACAAGCCUUAGUAAACAAUGUCUUGGAACGAACAAAAGGAGAGGAGAUUAACAUAGUGGGAAACCAACUUGGCUGCCGUGUUAUAGAACUAUUACUUCCAUAUGCCAAACCGGAGGAUUUGGAGCGUUAUAUUGAGGUACUAUCUCCAGAUAUUCGGAGGCUGUGUUCUGAUAACUUCUCGAAUCAUGUACUUAUAAUUUUGCUCAAAGUAUGCUCUAACAGAGCCACCGAUCAUCUGCAAAGUGAAGAUGCAAAUGAAGGUUCAGACACCGAAGAUGAAACACCGAAGAAGAAGCGAAAAAAGGAGAAUACUACUGUGUCAAAAUACAGUGACGAGCAUAUUAAAGUUUGCUAUGAUUUUACACUAAAAAUAUGUAAAUAUGUUCUAAACAAUUUGGAGGAUUUUGUAUGGGACACAUAUGCGAACCAUAUUGUACGCGCAGCUUUGAAAUGUCUAAGCGGAAUUACACUGCUGCCAGGUGAAAAACCUAAAGUAAACUUAUUUAAGGAGCCUAUAUUAGAGAACAAGGGAAUACCGCCUCACCAAACGAAGAUGGAAUAUAGGAAUGUUCCGGAAGAAUUUAAAGAAGUUGUUAAGGAGUAUGCAAACCGUUUAUCACUUUGGCCGCAAUUCAAGGAACUUCCAUACGAAAGUGUGACAUCUGCAAUGUUACAAGUGCUAUUAUUUGCUGUUAAAAAUAUAGAUAAGACAUUGACUAGGCAUUUAAUAAAGAAACUGUUGAAUGAAAGUUUCGCUCCUGAUGAUUGGGUGUCAAUGAGUACUGAUAACAAAGAAGAUGGAGAAAAAGAUGAGAAAAAUGAAGAUGGUGAAACGGAGGUGGUCAACUGCAGUUUGCCUCCGGUUUUUAAAUCGGAACCGGCUGUUAGGUUAUUGGAAGCAGCCCUAUUUGUAGCUAAAAAGAAAAUGUACACUCAGAUCUAUGCUAAAUGCUUUAUCAACCGUCUGGGACAACUGGCAACACUGCCCAUGCUCAACUUUACAGUACAGAGGCUGAUAGAUAACUGUAAAAUCAAAGAGGAGUUCGAGCCAAUGUUUGAAGAAUUGUCUAGCAAGUUCGCUGCGCUCCUUGCGUGUGGCAACACCGGCGUGUUGGUGGCGCUCGCUAAAGCUUGUCUCAGGAUUAAAAGCAAGCAGACACAGUUUGUUCAGAGUCUAGAGGCAGCUCUAAAGUGCGGUGAUGAACAAAACCAGCGGUAUUUCGCAGUUCUGUGCUUGCGCCUGCUACCUUUAGAACGAGUGGACGUAACCAAACUGGAUCAAACGUAUUUCAUCAAUAUCCACGGCUCGGUCAUAUUACAGACUAUACUCGACUUUCAGCGACCAACGAAGGCGGUUGCAAGUCUUCUAGAACUGUCGGCAGAGGAUCUGAUGGUGAUCUUGUCGGACGUGAAGGGCUGCCACGUGGCAGACGCCUUCUGCAAGGGCCAGUGUGUUGGUGUCAAGUCCCGAGACAAACUCAUAAAGAAACUAAGGGGUUCUUAUCAGAAGCUGGCCCUCACGCAGUACGGUUCCCGUGCCUUCGAGCAGAUCUUCGAGGCAGCCACCGCGGAACAACAGCUCUCCAUAAUGGCAGAAUUAGCAGACAAGAGCAGUUUACUCAACGGGUCCCAGUAUGGACGUCUUAUCGCUACUAAAUACGAUCUCGCUACUUUCAAGCUGUCCCAGAAGGCCUGGGAGAAGGCAAGACUCAAGUCCAAAGCGGAAUAA